UCGGUCCCAUUCAGCUCUCAGUCUGCUGCAAGUCCGGACUACAGCCCCGAGGUUCAGAGGAGCAACCAUGAGGCAGAUCUUGGUUAUGAUCCUGGCCCAAGUCCUGGUCCUGGUCUCUGGGGCCCGGUCUCCAUACCAGGCGGUCCUACAACACAGCCGCAUCCGGGGCAGACAGCAGGGUCCUAACGUGUGUGCGAUGCAGCAGAUCAAAGGGACAGACAAGAAAUACUUCACCAACUGUAAACAGUGGUACCACCGCAAGAUCUGCGGCCAGCCCACAGUGAUCACCUAUGAAUGCUGUCCUGGAUACGAGAAAAUCCAAGGAGAGAAGGGGUGUCCCGCUGCCCUGCCAUUGGUGAACAUUUACCAGACCCUGGGGGCUGUGGGGGCCACUACCACUCAGAUGUACUCGGACCGGGCUCAGCUCAGACCUGAGAUUGAAGGACCAGGAAGUUUCACCUUCUUUGCCCCAAGUAAUGAGGCCUGGGCUGCACUACCCACUGAGAUUUUGGACGCCCUGGUGAGUAACGUGAACAUCGAGCUGCUCAACGCUCUGCACUACCACAUGGUGAACAAGAGACUGACCUCCGAAGAACUGAAGCACGGAGCCACCUUCACCUCCAUGUACCAGGACUUCAACGUCCACGUGCAGCACUACUCUAACGGGAUAGUGACGGUGAACUGUGCACGCCUCAUCAAACCCGACCAGCAUGCCACAAACGGCAUUGUGCACGUGGUGGACCGGGUCAUCACCGCUGUAUCCAACGACGUCCAAACGCUCAUCGAGGUGGAUGACGACUUGGAGACACUCAGGACUGCGAUCGCAGCAGCUGGACUGACGGCCAUGUUGGAGUCUGGAGGACACUACACCAUUUUUGCUCCGACAAACGAUGCUUUUGAGAAGAUCCCACCAGAAACUCUCAACCGCAUUCUCGGAGACCCCAUUGCUUUGAGAGACAUGUUGAACUACCACAUCCUGAAGAACAUGCAGUGUGCGGAGUCCAUCGUGUCGGGCGUUCCCAUGGAGACGCUGCAGGGCACAGUUUUGGAGGUGGGCUGUGACGGUGAUCAGAUGACCCUGAACGGUAAAGCCAUCGUCACCAAAACAGACCAGCUCGGAACCAACGGAGUGGUGCACUACAUCAGCGAGCUGCUCAUUCCAGACUCAGCAAAGACUCUUCUUGAAAUUUCUGAAAGUUCCAAUGUAGCCAUGGCAACAAAGCUCCUUGUGGAGGCGGGGCUUACCACACACCUAACAGGUACAGAGGCCAUGACGCUGUUGGCCCCCCAGGAUGAAGCCUUCAAAGGCAGCGUGUCGAUGACCCCCGCCUUGAAGACCAUCUUGUCUCAGCACAUCCUGAAGGAGCGCCUUUCCUCCAAGUCUCUCUAUCACGGACAGGAGUUGGAGACUGUAGGAGGACUCAAACUCAGGGUCUUUGUCUACAGGAAUAACCUGUGCAUUGAGAACGCCUGCAUCGCUGCACACGACAAAGUGGGACGCUACGGCUCCAUGUUCACUGUGGACAAGCUACUGUCGCCCCCUGCAGGCACUGUCAUGGACCUGCUCAAGGGCGAUGACAAGUUCAGUAUCCUGGUGGGCGCGCUGCAGACUGCUGGGAUGACUGAGCUGCUGAACCAGCCAGGGGCCCUCACCUUCUUCGCUCCAACCAACGACGCCUUCAACUCCAUCCCCACGGCCGAGAGGAACAGGCUCAUGAGGAACAGUGCAGAGCUGUCGAGGCUGCUGAAGUUCCACCUGGGAGAAGGUCUGCUGGUCAGUGGAGGGGUCAGCUCUCACACCAGGGUCCAACCACUGCAGGGCGAGCGUCUGGAGCUGGGAGUGCGCAACUACACAGUGUACGUGAACCGAGUGCCAGUGCAGGACGCAGAUCUGAUGGCAACCAACGGAGUGGUGCACGCUGUCAGCCGCAUCAUCAAACCACUACCUCCUAAAGUGGAGAGAGAACAAUCCGAUGGUCCUGCUGCAGCUCUCAGGUCCCUGUCCACCGUCAGGCUGGACUCCAGGACCCUCAGUAAAGAGGAGCUGUUCAAGAGGGUGAUCCAGAGCCGCUCCAGCCAGAGAAUUCCACGCAGCCAGUAAACAAACAAACAAACAAUAAACAACAUUCCCCAAAAUGAAGCCAAAGGAGGAGCAAUGUGCUUCAAACCUCAACAUUUCUUUAAGACCUGCUUUAGACCUGGUCCAGUCCUUUAGUCCUGGUUUAGUCCUAGUUUAGGGUGAACAUGAAGUGCAUCAUAUGUAGUCAUUGAAAAGGGAUCUGAAGGUGUGCCAUUUUAAGCCAAAGAAUAUUUUUGAGUUCACACACUUUCUUGUUGUGACUUUACCCAAACAGUGUUGUAUUUCUGUAUAAAAUGCUUUUACUAAAGGUGUGUUUUAAAGAGGGAGUAUUAUGCAAAAUCGAUUUUAUGGAGCAUUUAUGUAAAACUUUCUCUCAUCAAAAACAGAAAACCUAAAGAGGAUUUAGGUGUCAUUCAUACAUGUUUCUGUAAUUUUGCAAUCUCUCCUGGGCCCUAUUUAAACCCUUCUUAUAGUUAGCUGUAGAUUCUGUGCAAUGUUCCCAUAAGUUUAUGUCAAAAGGUAAGAAGGUGAUCAAAAUAUGUUAUAUGUUGGCAGUUCAUACCCUAUAGAAGUAAAAUGCCCCCUCUUUAAACGUUGGGUGAGUGAAUCCUGCAGCAUGUGGCGGGAAAAUGUGACCGUUUUGUAAAAAAAAUAAAUUUGGAAAAACAA